AUGCAGCGCUUCCGGCUGGUGCCUGGGCGGCCGGUAGAUGACAUCACAAUUGGAUGUAAGCCAAAUGCCAUCAGUGGCAAGGCUUCCACGGCCAAUGAAUACUUGCGAAAGCAAGUCAAGAACACGCAGUCCUACAACAAGGCUGAUCCCAACAACGGAAAGUGGGCCUUGAAGGGAGAGGCGGGAUCCACCUUCGUCUGUCAGAUCUGA